CCCCAGAUGGCCCCAAGACGCCUCCCGAAGCACUUCCGUAGCCAUUUUGGCUCAAGCCAUCCUGGCUUAAGCAAUUGGCUCUUCAGGGGGCUCUGGCUGAAGAGUGCAAGUGCUUCCCAGAGAUGCCAAUCACCACGCGGUUCUGGACGCUUUUCGGCUUGUGCUGCUUCACUGCCUGCUUCCGACUAGCCUUCAGCUGCCCGCCUACGAAGUCACUGCUGCACAUCAGCAAUUCGCCUCAGUUUUAUCUCGACGAGUGCACUCAGCAUAUUGGGGGAGGGGGGUUAGAGCCUGGUUCUGAACAGUGGACUCUGAAGUGAGACUUCACCCUCGGUCCUGGUAAGAGGAUUGAUAAUAGAAAAGGCACGCCUCUUCCAACGCCUGACGAUGGCUUCUGGUUGAAGUCGGCACACCUUGUGGUUACAGAGAAGACGGGUACCCAGCUUCUUGCGUGGCCCCCCAUUCACGUGCAUCACAUCGUGUGCAGGUCCAAUUUCGCAGACAUGUGGUAUGAGCAGGAGGUGUUUGAGCACCAGGCUGUUUUUCUUCACGCGGCUGGCUCUCUGGGCAUGAACGAGUAUCUCAAGCGCUACGAAUUAUUGAAUGAGACGGACGGUUGGGCACAGUAUUUCCCCGCUCAGACCAAAAUCAAUUGUGGAUGGCGCGUGGAUGAUGAUCGAUUGGUGGGGGACUUUGAGGAAUACAAGCUAGUUCUUAAAAUGGAUGUUGUCAUUGAUGCUGAUAGACGUUACGGUUUCCGGCCGCUCAGCAGCUUUUUUUGGGAAGGCACUACUACAGGGCAGAUAGGGUACAAUUUGCCAACCGGAACCACUACAGUCUUCUCGAAAGAAUACGAAGCACCAGCGGCAGGCUCGUUUGAUCCAUACGGUUUUUCUGCUCACACGCAUCCAGGAGGGAAGUCACUUAAGUUCAUCGCGAAACGCUUGGGUGGCCAAUCUUUUGCUACGCCUCAGAGCCUCUUCACACUGGAGUUUCGCUCGUUGACUGUGGAACCAGGGUCGCAAAGCCAGGAGCUGAAUGUGAAACCCGGCGAUUACUUACGACUACCUACUCUGGACUGGAGCGAAAUAGGAUUGAAAUGGUUUAUUGGCAGCAUUUCCGCGUCAGGAGUCGACAGCAACAGACAUUGUGCGUUUCAAAAGGGAGACAUAUUUUACUUGGAGGCGGUUCAUGAUAUUCAUGAUGUCAAAAAGGGGGUGAAGGACAUGAUGUCGCUGAAGGGGGUUGUGCUUUGGGAUGACCCGCCACAGUUGACCUUUGCCCCAGGAGUGUGGAGUUUUUCAGGGUUCUUGCGCAACCAGCUAUUUGGUCAGGUCUUCGCUCCUCAUGAUCUGCUCGCCCAAAUCCCGCAAAAGGUCGACCAGACCGCAAUGCUUGAGUUGCACUCGAGAUGGCCGCUGUUGUUUUGUCAUCCAGACAGAGCUGCCGACGCAAAGUACGUUCGUUGCCAUCGUAACACUGUUGAUCAGAUAUUGCUUAAAUAUGCUUCGGUAAACGACAUCGACACGGCAAUGCUUGCAAAAGUGCACAAGUCUUGCGACCGUUUCUGAUCCUGGGGCGCCUUCGAUGCUGUGUGGCAGCCAGGCUACCGCUGCUGCACCGCGCUUGCCUUUGCGCAACAAGCGGUACGCCCCAGAAGCUCCUCAGAUGCCGUCGCGCGCCUGUGCUUGAUAGCGUUGUCCAAGAUCGUCCAGCGCAUUCGUAGCGUGGCUCGGGCGUGUGCAUUGGCCAAGUACUCAUUCUGGCUGGCCAGCCUCGCCUGCCGCAUUCUAAUUUGUCUUUUUGCUUGAUCAGCGCGCGUUUGGUGCGUUGAUUGGCGGUUGGCGCGUAUCUGGCGAACACGCUGCGCCGCCGACAAAAAAAAGAGAGAACCCCAAGACAAACAAGAUAGGGGGCUGUGCACUCGGGAAAGGGGCUUCUGCGGGUUCGCGGGAUUCGGUUCGUCUUCCUUUCGGGCUCCUCGUGCGCUUUCACUACGUGCAAGUCCCUCGGCAACCGCUGCGUGCCCACUUGCCCGAAGUGCAAAGGGGGCAGGCAGGACCCAGGACGUCAAGCACUGGGCGGCGGACUGCCCCUACAGCCGCUGGCGCGCACGAGUCGGCGCCAGCCCCCGGUCAAUGGACGCUCCGUUGGGUACACGCAUGGUUAUGCACAUGCGUUUCUUUUCUUCAGCGCCAUUGUCCGGGGCGAGAGUUUUAAUUCAUGCGCCUGCCAGGCCGUUCUCGGCGCAUGUCCUUUCUUUUCUUCCGCCGCGUGCCUGUGUUUCAAGCAGGCGCGCGCCCCGGGCAGGCCAUGUAUCAGCUCUUGAAAGGCCGCCAGGUAAGCCUGAGGCAGGCAUUGGAUAGGCCGUCGGGCUGACCUUGGACAGGCCUGGGGGUUCGUGGGCAGGCAUUGGGCAGGAUCCGAGGGGAGCGGUGCUCUGGCGCCGCCUGGACCGCAGAAAGGAGACCCACCUUCUGCAGGCCCACGGCAACCUGGGGCUCCCCUUCACAUUAGCUUGAGCUUGAUGUUCUGCCUUCGCUGUGAGCGUCGCUCCAUUUUCGAUCCAAAUUAUUUGAAGUCCAGCUGUAUGCGCUUGAGCUUGAAUUUCCGCUCAACGCGCGGAAGCUUCGCUCCAUUUUAUAGUUCUCUUUUAGCUUGAGCUUGAAUUUCCGCUCAACGCGCGGAAGCUUCGCUCCAUUGCCAUAAUUUGUGGGAAUGCCGAGACAUUGGGUUUGCUCGAGGUGGGCCUUGGACGCUCUGGGUCGUCUAGGCCUUGGAUAGGCGUAGAGUGCGCCCCCCUGGGAAUGAAACAAAGGGUAUGUAGGCAGCUGAAGUGGGAUAAUGCGGAAUCCUAUUUCGACCUGCGGCCCUCUGUAUGUUUCAUGGUUGCACGCCGAGUGGAACACGUCCACCGCGUCGACAACGAACAUACUUUUUCGCGUUGCAUGCCGAGUGGAAUUCGUCCACCGCGCCCGCAACAGCUCCUCUUCCGCGUGGAAUGUGAUUCCAUUGGUCCGCCA